AUGUCGUCGAUCGACCCAGGCUCGGUACGUCCCCCCUCGGAAGGGCUGCCGUCUCCUGCUGUUGGAGCACACACCAACGGCCUGUCCACUCCACAGUAUGUCGUCGACAGCAGCUCAGGCACUGGCACACCCAUCGGGUUCCAGCGUUUCCCUCAUAAUAAGCAUCUCGACAAUGUGGCCAGAUCGCCAGGCCGCCACCCCUCUCCGCAGCCAACCCACCUGGGACUACCCGGUCAUCACAAGGUUCUCUCAGAGGAAGGCACCGGCUAUAUUGCGGCCAAGUUUGAAGGCAAGCAGAAACAGAUGGAAGAAGUCAUGGACCGGUUAGAAGAAAAAGGGUUCUUUCCUAGCGAUUUCGUGGUGUCUGAGACCACCUGGUUCUACAACAUGCUUGGGAUUGACGACAUGUACUUCCAAACGGAAUCCGUCGAGUCCAUUGUCACUCAAAUCUUAUCCCUCUAUGCUGCCAAAGUUGCCGCAUAUGCCCGAGAUGACAAGCGCCUAGAGAUUCGGCUCGAUAAAGAAGAUGAAGACCAUGCCGUUUACAUUGACACUAGCAAGCCCGGUGUUACGUCUUUCAAUGGCCCCAACUACGAAUCACGCAUAGAUUCAAAGUAUAUCGACGGACCCAAGCCUGGGAGAAGCUACCGAAUCGAGAGCUUCCGCUCGACCAGUCCUCUACCGGGGGAGAAUGAACAACAGCUGCGCUGUUACUUUGUUUACAAGUGCCAGUUCGCCAAUCCUAACCCCAAUCCAGAUGAGACCAACAUCGAGAUUAUUGGAGAGAAACGAUUCCUUCAGAAGGCAACUCCUAAUACAAAAGCCAUCUAUCAGGAAAUCAUAACGACAGCAGUCUCACGAACUGGGCCUGUCAUUGAAAUCUUUGACAUUGAAGGCAGUCGCGAGAAGCGUUUGGUGGUGGCCUACCGCCAAGGAUCUGCCAUGGGCAUCUUUAGUGCGCUUUCGGAUCUUUACCACUACUAUCGCUUGACUAGCUCGAGAAAAUACCUAGAAAGCUUCUCGAAUGGAAUCAACGUCAUCUCUUUGUACCUGAGACCUGCAAGCAAUGUCGAGCUCUCCCAGAAAUACCCGCCUAUCGAGGCCGCCAUCCACCAGAUCAUGAAGGAAGUUUCCCUUCUUUACUGUGUCCCUCAGAACCGAUUUCAAAACCAUUUCGCUAGUGGUCGUUUGAGUUUACAGGAAACCAUCUACUCUCACUGUGCCUGGGUCUUUAUCCAGCAAUUCUUGAACCGUCUCGGUUCGGAGUAUACCUCAUUGACUGCGCUUCUCGAUACCAAUAACAGCGUGCAUGCUGAAUUGUUGUCCAAGAUCAAGAAACGUCUUCGUACAGAGACUUUCACGUCCGAUUACAUAUCGGAAAUUAUCAACAAAUACCCGGAGCUCAUCCACAAGCUCUACCUCGACUUUGCCAACACUCACUACGUCCAAACUGGCCACCCGGAAGAUGACUUCCUCCCAACUCUUAGCUACUUGCGUUUGAAGGUUGAUGAGAUCUUAGAUGAUAAAGGACUCAAGGAUCUGGUCGCCAGAACUGUCGUGAAUGAGCAUGAUGAGAUGGUUAUGAUGGCCUUCCGGAUCUUCAAUAAGGCUGUUUUGAAAACAAAUUUCUAUACAUCGACCAAAGUUGGCCUGAGUUUCCGUUUGAACCCUAAUUUCCUCCCCCAACAUGAGUACCCACAACCCCUCUACGGAAUGUUCCUUGUCAUUAGCUCUGAAUUUCGGGGAUUCCAUCUCCGUUUCCGUGAUAUCGCCCGAGGUGGUAUCCGCAUCGUCAAGAGCCGAAACAAGGAGGCUUACAGCAUCAACGCUCGCUCUUUGUUUGACGAGAAUUACAACCUCGCCAAUACACAACAACGCAAGAACAAGGAUAUUCCUGAAGGAGGUGCCAAAGGUGUCAUCCUUUUGGAUGUUGAGCACCAAGACAAAGCUCGCGUGGCCUUUGAAAAAUACAUUGACAGCAUCCUGGAUCUUCUUAUUCCUCCAACCAGCCCUGGUAUCAAAGAUCCAAUUGUUGAUCUCCACGGCAAGGAUGAAAUUCUUUUCAUGGGUCCGGACGAGAAUACAGCCGACUUGGUGGACUGGGCAACCGAGCAUGCACGCAAACGAGGAGCGCCAUGGUGGAAGUCCUUCUUCACUGGAAAGAGCCCCAAGCUUGGUGGUAUUCCUCACGACGCUUACGGCAUGACAACCCUCUCCGUGCGCCAAUAUGUCCUUGGCAUUUACCGCAAGCUUAACAUCGAUCCAUCGACCGUCAAGAAACUGCAGACCGGUGGACCAGAUGGUGACCUUGGAUCCAAUGAGAUUCUGCUGGGUAAUGAGAGAUACACCGCCAUUGUGGAUGGAUCCGGUGUGAUUGUCGACCCCAACGGUCUAGACCGCGAUGAAUUGGUGAGACUUGCCAAGAAGCGAGUCAUGAUCUCUCAAUUCGAUCUUUCAAAACUAUCGCCCGAAGGGUACCGUGUUCUCGUAGAAGAUAGCAACGUCAAGCUCCCCUCCGGAGAGAUCGUCAACAACGGAAUGGUAUUCCGCAACAAAUUCCACCUCCGAAAUGACCAGGAAUUGGAUCUUUUUGUCCCAUGCGGCGGACGACCCGAGUCCAUUGACUUGGGAUCAGUGCACAAACUUAUUGUGAAUGGCAAGUCCGUUAUUCCUUAUAUUGUCGAAGGCGCCAAUCUAUUCAUCACACAAGAUGCAAAGCUCCGUUUGGAAAAGGCAGGGUGUAUCCUGUACAAGGACGCUUCCGCCAAUAAAGGCGGUGUGACGUCUUCAUCAUUGGAGGUCCUAGCCUCUCUUUCUUUCAACGACAAGGAAUUUGUCGAGAACAUGUGCGUGCACGAAGACGGAACAGUUCCCGAAUUCUACCAGACGUAUGUGAAGGAAGUACAAGAGGUCAUCAAGAACAACGCCACCCUUGAAUUCGAAGCUAUCUGGCGCGAGCACGAGCAUACCGGUCUACUCCGCAGUGUACUCAGCGAUCGAUUGAGCUUGGCCAUCACAAACCUCGACGAAGAGCUCCAGAAGACUUCUUUGUGGGACAAUAUCGAGCUCCGUCAGACAGUCUUAUUGAAAGCGCUUCCGAGACUGCUUUUGGAGAAAGUUGGCCUGGACACUAUUUUGACAAGAGUAAGACCAACCUGA